AUGGUGAUGAACAGAGUCCGCGCUACUUCUUACGUCCGCCGCACUUUGUCGCAGCCGAUGAACAAGCGAAGAGCCACCGCAGCGCUGGCGCAGCAUCCCGAUGGUUCAGUAAUUGCAUCUGGAGGCAUUCUUGGAAGCGUGGCAGCCCCGAACCGGCAGCUCCACCUGGGACUUCUGGCCGACGGAAGCAGCAACUCCCGCCUCCGAGGUUUGGGGACGGAGCCAAUUGAAGAAGAAACGGAAGGCGGCGUUGCAGAUGCCCGAAUGGACUUUUCUCUCAAAGAAGAUGUUGCGAGAUUGAAGGAAAUUUGCCUCACCAAGACUCAGUUGCUGCUGCUGUUCGCGCCGUUGGGCCUGUGGAGCCGUCUGGGAGGCCUGCCCACGCUCUGCGUCUUUUCCUUCAACUUCGCGGCUCUCAUUCCUCUUUCUGCCCUCUUAGGGGCUUUUACGGAAGAGCUGUCGCUGCAUACGGGAGAAAUCACUGGGGGGUUAUUGAAUGCUACGUUUGGUAACGCUGUAGAAAUGAUCUUGUCGGUCCAGGCUCUCCGCAUAGGUUUGCUAGAAGUUGUGAAAGGGACACUCUUGGGCUCCAUUCUCUCCAAUCUCUUGCUCGUCCUUGGCAUGUCUUUCUUUGCUGGGGGCCUUCACCAUUACUUGCAGAAGUUCAACGAAAAAGGUGCUACUUGCAGCGUCACCCUGCUCCUCCUGUCGUGCAUGGGAAUAGUCAUCCCCACAGUGGCUGCUGUUGACAAUGGCCAACACGGAACUUACAACAUAUUAAUGAUAAGCCGCAUCACUGCGUUGCUUAUUGGAGUGACAUAUUGUUUAUUUCUUUUCUUCCAGUUAUACACGCACAUAGGUCUCUUCAAGGAUGAUGAUGAAGAUGCAGAACAGUGGCCAAUGAUGUCAUGGGAAGGAGCGACACUAAUGCUUUUUCUUGUGACUUCUCUAGUGGCACUUCAUUCAGAGCUUCUGGUAUCUUCAAUUGAAGAAGUGGUGGCGGACUACGGCUUGUCGGAGAGUUUCAUAGGCGUCAUUCUUCUCCCCAUUGUUGGUAACGCGGCAGAACAUCUGACAGCAGUGACCGUCGCAAUGAAAAACAAGGUCGACUUAGCUAUGGGAGUUGCUGUUGGAUCUUCUGCACAGAUAGCUCUGUUUGUCUUUCCCUUCACCGUUUUGGUGGCCUGGGUAAUGGGGCAGCCGCUAACCAUGGCAGUGCAGCCGCUAAGCGCCGUCGUGAUGCUCUUGUCAGUUUUGGUUGCUAUGGCUGUUGUUCAAGACGGUGAAAGCAACUGGCUGGAGGGCGUCAUGCUCAUGGCUGCGUAUUUGAUUAUUUCUGUUGUUUUCUGGUUCGACAAGCCCGGACCAGAAGGUGCAGUGUCUCCUGCAAGCAGCGCAUAG